AUGCCACUUAUAUCACGAGCUUGGAAACCCACUCUGGGAAGUUUCCAAUAUCAUGCAAUCGAAGCACAACUUCAUACGCACAAAAAGAACAAGGCGUAUAAAUACCGGCUCAAGAAGUGGGGGUUUAGGAAGAACCUGAACACCGCAGAGCUAGAUGAGAUCCAGCAAUGUGCAGCCACGGGAAGAGAGUUACUUCUACCGAGAGUCAACGGUCGCGAAAUCGGUUCAAAGCGCCUAAAGACCUUUGUUGCAGUAGAUAAGCAGCGCCGCAAAGCACGCCAUUAUGCCGCCGCCCCGCUGCGGCUCGGUGUCAACCACAUUUCGGACUCUCUACGAAUGGCCGAGAUGGACCUCCACGCCGCAGUAACGCAUACAAGGCACCAGUGCGAGGCGGCCAGCGAGAAAACUUGGCUCCAUCCGGCCACAUCUGCAAGUGGCAACUGGAAUCAUGAUAUGCUCCUGGCCAUCUUGAGCUUACGCGGGAAAUCCGAAGUCGAUAAGUGCUUUCAGCUAAUUGACAAAUGCUGCGCGAGCUUCAAGACCGUCAUGCAGGCAGGAGAUCCGCUGCUACUUUGGUUCACUUACUGUUCCAUCUUGGAGCUUUCCGAGGUCGGCAUGGAUCUUGCAAUCGUGUUUGCGAGAUUCGUGGCCGGCAUCUGCACAAUCGAUGAGGGCAGGACACAUCCUCUAACGGUUCUAUUGACGAGCAUGGUCAAGGCUCCAGUGAAAAGCGCAUACAAUCGCCACAACGUUAUCAGGGUGGUGGAUGCACAGUUUGAUAUCCUCAUUGACAUGUAUGAAGAGGCCUGGGACAAGCUUUGGCUCAUAUAUCUCAGAUUGGUCUUGCGAAGGUUGACUGCAACGGGUGGGACUACACAGAGACAAGCCGUGGUCUCUUCCAACACGACCGUGCCACCAGAGUUGACGCAAAGGGGCCGUAUCGAUCCGUGGAAAGAGAGGGAACUGGUGACUUGGGUUCAAAUUUACAAAGGCAUUACAUACAUGGUUCGAGGAGAAUUAAUGCGUUCCUCGCUGAUUCUCAAUGACAAACGGUAUAGCGACGCUUCGUGUUGGCCUCCUGCUACACGACCACCGACAAAUAUACGGGAUCUGCGAGCUGGGAUAGAGGAGAUGCUGGUUCCAUAUACGAGCACUGAGAAGUUUUACAACUUUACAUUAGCAACCAUACUGGCGGACGGGCAGAAGGCGUCAUAUACGCCGGUUGACGACGAUAGUCGCAAAGGCAAUACGACUGCAAGUGCAAUGGCAGAAUGA